UUGGGCAUUGCCACUGUCAGCUGAACACUGUGGAGAUACAUGAGGUGGAAGUACUGCUUGAAUAAGUGCCUGAAUUAGUUUCAUUAGACCCGAUAUGAUAAACUAACACACUCGUACCGUUUGUCUUUUACGGUGUGCAGUGUGAAGGUUCCUCCAUCCUCAUGUUCUCUGGAUGUAGAACAGUUCUGCGUGCUAGAAGAGUGUUUCCGUUGUCCUGCCCAUUGAACCCCUCCAGCCCAAUCUGCACCCAGAGUUCUCUGUUCUCAACCUCAUCUCUUCAUCGGUUCUCCUCCUCAUCCCCCCAUCACACACUUUCCUCUGGACGCCUCUAUCCCUCUCUUAAUUUUUCAUCCUCAUCUUCAUCUCCCUCUCCCGCUCCACACCAUCGUCUUCCUCUCUCACACACAGGAACCCCUCAUCCCUCUCUCCUCCCUCGUUCGCUCUCUUCUUCUUCAUCUGUCUGUUCCUCCGCCGUAAUGGAUCUGAAGGAGGUGUUGAAUGUGUUGGAGCAGCUCGCUCCUCUCUCAUUGGCCGAAUCAUGGGAUAACGUUGGCCUAUUGGUGGAGCCCAGCAAACCCCGUCCAAUCAAAACCAUCCUACUGACCAAUGACCUCACAAUGCCCGUCAUGGACGAGGCAGAGGCCAUGGGGUGUGACCUCAUCAUCUCCUACCACCCGCCAAUCUUCCGGCCAAUGAAGCGAUUGGUGCAGAAGGACUGGAAGCAGCGAUUGGCUGUGAGGGCGGUGGAGGGCGGGAUAGCCGUUUACUCCCCUCACACGUCAUGGGACAGCGUCAAGGGCGGCGUCAAUGAUUGGCUAAUCGGAGGAAUGGGCAGUGGGAGUGUGAGUGUGCUGAGUCAGGCGCUCUCUAGCGCCCCCCAGAGGCACAAGCUGGAGUUCAGCGUGAGGAGCCAGGAGCAGCUCAACACCAUCAUGGCCGAGCUCAAGCAGACGGAGGCAGCCAGCCUGCUGCAGCACACCUCCGUUAGGUCCGAGCCUGAGGGUUACCAUGUGAGUGUGACCUGUGCUGGCUCAGCACUGCCCCCCUGUGUUCAGACGCUGGUAGGACAUGCAGCAGUGACCCAGAGCCUGAUCAUCACUCAGCUGCAGCAGACGCCCCUUGUGGGUUGUGGAGCAGGACGGCUCUGUGUCCUGGACCAGCCGGUUACCGUGGCGACGGCAGUCCAGAAGAUGAAAGCUCACCUGGGUCUGCCACACCUGAGGCUCGCACUCGGACACCAGAGAAACACAGAGUCCUCUGUGAGCACAGUGGCAGUGUGUGCAGGGUCCGGAGCAUCUGUCCUACAGGGAGUUAAAGCAGACCUCUACAUCACAGGUGAGAUGUCCCAUCAUGAGGUCCUGGAUGCCGUGGCCAGUGGAACCAGUGUGGUCCUCAGUGACCAUAGCAACAGUGAGCGUGGUUUCCUGAGCGUGUUCAAAGAGAGGCUGACCAUCCGCUUGCCAGAGUCUGUAACCGUGGCGAUCUCCAAGAGUGACAGAGACCCCCUGGAAGUGGUUUGACCAAUCAGAGCUUGACCUGAUAACACCAGUGGGAGGGAAUGGACCUAGUUCAACUAUUUCCACAUCAAAUGUUGAAAUGUUGUCAAACGUCAUCUACAAAUUCUUCAGGGACAGCAGCGUUCUUUUUGAAAGACAUGACAUCAAGGACAGAAGACUCCGAUAUGUUUGCUGUGUGUAUGUAUGUUAUGCACACUAAUAAACUAGUGCUUGUGA